AUGGCAGAGGAAUUAUCUAAGCUAUGGGAGGGUUUCAACUUAACAGACAUAGAGAAGGAAGUGGUGAAUUUUUCUGCAGAAGAUAUAAGUCGAGCUGAAGAAAGAGCCAAGAAAUGUCUUCUGAUAUGUAUUCUAAUGGACAAAAACCUUAACAAAGAGGCAUUCAAAACUACUAUGUCAAAAAUUUGGAACCCUGAAGGAGCUGUGAGUUUUACUAAAGUGGGAUAUCACAAAUUCUUGGUGGAACUUCAAAAAGCAAUGGAUAUUGAACGAGUAAAGAAAGGAACACCUUGGUCCUUUCAUAAAAACUUAAUCUAUUUCAAAGAAUUCGACAGUAAAAUCCCACUAAGUGAAGUUGUUUUUACUCAUGAACCAUUUUGGCUUCAAUUACAUGGCCUGCCUCCUGCAGCCAUGAUUAAGAAGGGUGGGGAAAGAAUUAGCUCAGCAGUUGGAGAUGUCUUGAAUAUAGAAGUUGAUGAGGAUGGUAUAGGGUGGGGAAAGUUCCUCAGAAUCAGAGUGAUGAUGGAUAUUACAAAGCCUCUUCCUCGAGGGAAAAUGAUCAAAGUGGAUGGCAAGCAAAGAUGGAUUGAAUUCAAGUAUGAGAGAUUACCCCUUUUCUAUUUUCCCUGUGGAGCAAUUCAACAUGAUAGUAGCUUUUGUGCACGAGGAAAUUCUAAAAUAAUAGACAAAAGAGAAGCCCAAUCCCAAUAUGGCCAAUGGUUGAGGGCCACAGGAAUGAAUUUAAUGGGAAAUGGUGGUAAAGGAAGGGGAUUUAGAUUACCUGUUAAUUUUCAAAAUUCUGAAAGAGAUGCAGGUAGGAAAGACUCCUUAAUUAAUAACGGAACUCAGGCAUAUCAGCAGGAGAAUUCAACUGCUGUAGAGCAAGGUAAUCAACCUCAUAUUGAACAGACAUCUUUAGUAUCAAAAGGAAAAGGAAAACGAAAAGGAAAAGAGGGGAUGGAGAACAUACCCAACAAUAUAAAGGAUUAUAGUGAAGGCCAACUGAUAAUACCACUAGAGAAGGUGCAGCAGGUAUUCUUUAAUCAAACAGAUCUUAAUGUUAACCCCAAGGAAAAUCUAGUAGAAAAAACUGAUUUCUAUUCCCUAGAUACCAAUUGUGACUAUCCUAUGAUAAUCUCUACUCAACCUGAGAUUUUAACAACAAAACCAUCAAGCUGGAAGAGAAGGGCCAGAGAAAACAAAGCACAAACAACAGAGGGGAUAGACAGUGACAACAAUAGCAGAAGAAAAAUAAGAGGAAGAAAAAGAGACACAGAGCAAUUAGAACAAGAAAGUUAG